CAAGGAUUGUGAUUGGUUAUCAGGAUGAAUGCACCAAGAUGUUUGAUUUGACAACAGGAUUAGUGGUAUGGUCUGUGAAACAUCAUACGAUGAGAAUACGCUGUAUUGUAUGGUGUCCCGAAAAUGACUUUGAAAAUGAAAAUUAUAACGUUCUGAGGAUACAACACUAAAGAUAUUGAAUACAGUUGAUGGUUCAUUACUACGUACUUUGGUUGGAUUUACCAAACCUAUUAUGAGUGUUGCUUACAGUGUUAUGAAUGGAUUAAUAGCCGCUACAUCUGAAGACACUUUGAUUCAUAUCUGGAAUAUGAAUAGUAAUAUUGAUGACAAGUUAACAGAAGACACUCCAGCACUCACCUUAAUAGGUGACAACAGUGGGUCCGUUAGUUGUUGUUCAUUCAACACCGAGGGCAGUAGACUAGUCACUGGUACCAGAGAUGCUAUGUUAAUUGUGUGGGAUGUGAGUUAUUCUAAUAUCCAGGAUAAAACUGAACUAAAACCACUGAAGACAUUACAU